AUGGGUGGCCUUCCACAGGUUUUGAGGUCCUUUGAACACAGUGAUCACAUCUUCUAUUCCUUUUGGCCCACUCCCCAUAAGGUGACUCUGGUAAUCCUGAUUGUCUUCCCCUUGUUUUUACAGGUGAUCUGCAAUGCUUUCACCAUCUGUAAUGCGGAGAUGCAGGAAGUUGGUGUUGGCCUAUAUCCGAGUAUGUCUUUGCUCAAUCAUAGCUGUGACCCCAAUUGUUCCAUUGUGUUCAAUGGGCCCCACCUCUUACUGCGAGCAGUCCGGGACAUCGAGGCAGGAGAGGAGCUCACCAUCUGCUACCUGGACAUGUUGAUGACCAGUGAGGAGCGCCGGGAGCAGCUGAGGGACCAGUACUGUUUCGAAUGUGACUGUUUGCGAUGCCAAACCCAAGACAAGGAUGCUGAUAUGCUCACUGGCGAUGAGCAAGUAUGGAAGGAAGUUCAAGAAUCCUUGAAAAAAAUUGAAGAACUGAAGGCACAUUGGAAGUGGGAACAGGUGCUGGCCAUGUGCCAGACGAUCAUCAGCAGCAACGCCGAACGCCUUCCCGACAUCAACAUCUACCAGCUGAAGGUGCUCGACUGUGCUAUGGAUGCGUGCAUCAACCUUGGUCUGCUGGAGGAGGCCUUGUUCUAUGGGAUCCGGACCAUGGAGCCGUACAGGUGA